GCAGCCCUGACGUGGUCCCGACUCCAUCUCGUCAUUCCAGCGUCUCGGUCGAUUGCUUAUAAGAGAAUGGUUCGCGCGGGCCACGCUGCUUUCUCUCCCCAUCUACUCUCCACUAACUUCCAGCAUGGCCGUCGUCUGGGGGUUGGAUCUCCAUGAGAUCCAUUGGCGCAAAUUCAAGGGCUCUUACAUGUUCACCCGGGAAUAUCAUCUCCGUCGCACCAAGAUGAUUGUAUACCAGUUGGCGAUGAUACUCUGUGUCUGCUCCGAAUCCGUGGGAACCGCAGCCUUGUCUGACUACCUCGACCAACAAGACGAAAUCCAAAGCGGUCAUCCAGGGAUAUCCGUGUACAACAAUGACUUCAUCGGCGCCGCCUCGUAUAAUAUCUUUGUGGGCAUUGCAGUGGCAUUCAUCUUCGGUGGUGCCUUCUUCUUCGACCUCUUCUGGCCCGAACGUCACGAGAGCCGAUCCGUCCGGUUAGCAUGGAAGAUCUGCGCGGUAGUGGUGUCGGUGAUGAUGCUGAGCUCGGCUUUGACGAUGACGAUCGUCACUGCGACCGGCAGUGCCCGGAUCGAGGGAACCGAUCCGGCAACUGCUCGGGCAUUCUGGGAGGAUGCAUCCAAGAAGCCUUCGCUGAAAUAUCGAACCAACCCGAGAGCGCUCGCAUCGACGGUGCUGGCCUGGCCAGGAUGGGUGGGGACGGUCGCGGGUACUGUCAUUCUCUUCUUGUCGCAGCGACACGAUGACCAAUUUGGACCCAAGUCUGGCUACGGUCGACGACUGGAAGACGGCGCCGUGGGCGAUGGCGACGCCGAGGUCGCGGACAAACGAGUCCCGGGGGAAUGAAUCAUGCCGACAUUGUGUGUGAUUAUGUGCCGAAUUGUGAUGUGCAAUCAGAUAUGACUUGUACUUUUAUGAGCGAAGUGUAUAAUGACUUUUAAUGUUCUGUUAAUAGAGAUAGACAGUGAGCCAAUAGUUCCUGGUACGGACCUAUUCUGGCUUCCUUUUCAG